GCCGCCUUUGUGAGGCGAGCCUCUGGCGUGGAAGGUUCGCGAAGUCGCGGUCGCCAUUGAGCGCGGUAGUGCCUUUCCCCGUCUAUGGCGACCGGAGCGAACGCGACGCCGUUGGGGAAGCUCCAUCCACCCCCGCCGCCAGGCAAGGCCGGCUACCCUCUGCCUCCUCCGGGACUGGUGAUGCAGGGCCCGCCGCCCCCGCCGCCUCCGGGCCCCGCGCAGGCCCAGCCGCAGCCAGCCAUCCCCAGCCUCAUGGCGGCCGCCGCCUUCCCCUUCGCGGCGCUACCGCCGCCCCCGCCACCUCCGCCGCCCCCACCACCGCCACCGCCGCAGCAGCCCCAGCCGCCCCCGCAGCAACCCCAGCCGCCGCCCCCGCCGCCGCCGCAGGCCCAGCAACCGCAGCAGCCUCAACAGCCGCCCCCCCAGUAUAGCCAGUACCGGUUUCCCUCGCCGCCGCCCCCGCAGCUGGGCCUCGAACAGCAGCAGCUUCACCAUCUCCACCAGCAGGACGACGGUGGCCCGGUCGGGGCCGGCAAUCAAGAUUUUCCUAAUAAGAAGAGGAAGAGGAGCAGAUGGAACCAAGAUACCAUGGAGCAGAAGACUGUUAUCCCUGGAAUGCCCACAGUUAUCCCCCCUGGGCUUACUCGUGAACAGGAAAGAGCUUACAUAGUGCAACUGCAGAUAGAAGACCUGACUCGCAAACUGCGCACAGGAGACCUCGGCAUCCCCCCUAACCCUGAGGACAGGUCUCCUUCCCCUGAACCAAUCUACAAUAGCGAGGGGAAGCGCCUGAACACCCGUGAGUUCCGCACACGCAAGAAGCUGGAGGAAGAAAGGCACAACCUGAUCACGGAGAUGGUGGCGCUCAACCCAGACUUCAAGCCACCAGCUGAUUACAAGCCACCAGCAACCCGAGUGAGUGAUAAAGUGAUGAUCCCACAGGAUGAAUACCCUGAAAUAAACUUCGUUGGGCUUCUGAUUGGACCCAGAGGAAACACGCUGAAGAACAUUGAGAAGGAGUGUAAUGCAAAGAUCAUGAUCAGAGGCAAAGGUUCUGUGAAAGAAGGGAAGGUGGGACGGAAAGAUGGCCAGAUGCUGCCUGGGGAGGAUGAGCCCCUUCAUGCGCUUGUCACUGCCAACACCAUGGAGAAUGUGAAGAAGGCCGUGGAACAGAUCCGGAACAUUUUGAAGCAAGGGAUUGAAACACCAGAGGACCAGAAUGAUCUGCGCAAGAUGCAGCUGCGGGAGCUUGCCCGCCUCAAUGGGACGCUACGCGAAGAUGACAACAGGAUUCUGCGCCCAUGGCAAAAUACAGAAACCCGCAGCAUCACCAACACGACAGUGUGUACCAAGUGCGGAGGAGCUGGCCACAUUGCAUCAGACUGCAAGUUUGCCCGGCCGGGAGAUCCCCAAUCAGCCCAGGACAAAGCUCGCAUGGAUAAAGAGUACCUGUCUCUGAUGGCUGAGUUGGGAGAGGCCCCUGUCCCAGCAUCUGUGGGGUCUUCUUCAGGACCUUCUAAUCCGCCCCUUCCAAGCGGCCCAAGACCAUCGGGGCCUGGAAACAACCAGCCUCCCCCUAACCGCCCUCCCUGGAUGAACUCUGGCCCUUCUGAAAAUCGGCCCUUCCAUAGCAUGCACGGAGGUGGCGGCGGCGGAGGAGGCGGUGGUGGUGGAGGAGGAGGCGGCGGUGGAGGCGGUGGCGGAGGAGGGCCAGCAGGGCCUGGGGGUCCUCACAACUUCCCUCACCCAAUGUCAAACAUGGGAGGACAUGGUGGUCAUCCCAUGCAGCACAAUCCAAAUGGCCCCCCACCUUGGAUCCAGCCACACAAUCCUCCAAUGAACCAGGGACCGCAUCCUCAUGGCCCACCAGGUCCCCAUCACAUGGAUCAGUACCUGGGCAAUGCGCCAGUGGGCUCUGGGGUCUAUCGCCUCCAAGGAAAAGGUAUGAUGCCACCUCCGAUGGGUAUGAUGCCCCCGCCGCCCCCGCCGCCCAGUGGUCAGCCUCCCCCGCCUCCCUCUGGUCCUCUUCCCCCAUGGCAGCAGCAGCAGCAGCCUCCACCCCCGCCUCCCAGCAGCAGUACUCCCUUGCCAUGGCAGCAAAGUGAAUACGACGACAACCACCACCACGAGCGCUGGCAGCGGGGGCAUCCCUCCAUGGCAGCAGCAGCAGGGGGCGGCGGCAACUUCUACGGGGGCCCCGCAGAUGCAAGGCAGCCCCUCCAUGGUACCUUUGCCUCCAGGGGUCCAGCCUCCACUGCCGCCAGGGGCCCCGCCUCCUCCCCCGCCCCCGCCCCCUGGCUCCGCGGGCAUGAUGUACGCCCCUCCCCCUCCUCCGCCUCCCAUGGACCCUUCUAACUUUGUCACCAUGAUGGGGGUGGGGGUGCCAGCUUUGCCACCAUUUGGCAUGCCCCCUGCUCCACCACCACCGCCACCACAGAACUGAAGAAUGUUUUUUCUAUACAGUUGUUUUUCUCUCCAACAUGGAACGAGGCCCUGCCAGGAGCAUGUGAGGGACGUUCCCCCUCCUUACCUGUAUUUAGAGGAGUGCGUGACUCUUGUCAGAUUCUUGUUUUGAUUGACUUUACUGGUGUUCGAUAAUUGGACCCGUCAAGGCACUAGCCCCGAGCACCUCUCUGAAGUGAGGACUGGCCACCCUUUUUGUGGUAGGAACAGGGAACGCCUGGGACGUGCGUGUUGUGGCAGAGCUCCAGUUGAAACUGCCGGGUCCAGCCUCGGAGCCAGCAAGCCCUCUUUUGUGAAAUUAUGCAUCUCUCACAUGCCUUGCAGACGCAGAAUGGCAUCUUCUGUUUAUUUAAUUUUUCCUUGCUGGGCUUAUAUUUUAAUUCCACCUUAAAGACUCCAUGUUUUCCAGGGUCUUGUACGUCUCCACUGUUGAACUUCUGCCAGUAGAGUUGAAGAAACAAAUGGAUUUCAGUAGAGUUGUCUGUGUUUGGGAAAUGAGACUUUUGCUCCACGGCGAGGUGGGGGGUGGGGUGCCAGUGUUUUUUUCCCUGGUUCUCCUUAGCAAGAAUAGGUAGAUUUUGUAGGGAGUGUCUGCCGUAAAAGCUGAAGGUUUUGAGCCAGUCCCCACCCCUCCCAUAGGGUAGUUAAGAUGAAGAGGGGGGGGGGUCAUCUAUUUUGAGGUCCAUUUGUCUCUUAUCCAUCUGCCUAGAAUCUCCUUCCGUUUUUUCUUUAAAAAAAAACACAUCUGAGUGUUUUGUGGUUUUGGGUGGUUUCCCCCCGAUUGAGUGAGCUCUGUUGACAAUGAUGUAUGUGUAUAAUGCUUCAUUCAGUCACCUGUAACCAUUUUCUUAAUUGAUUUUUGUGUAAAAAUAAAAACUGCAGUGAAGGGGAGGUUCCAAUUAAAGGCCAUUUUUAAAAUA